AUGUCCCAAUACAUGUACACCACGCUCGCCCCUUUACCUCCCGUAUUCUCUCAUAUCGACUCGACACGGUCCGCGACGGCGAAGGCGACGCCGAAAUCCUCUUCAUCCACUUCCUCUGCCCCGACCAAGGACGGCAACAUAACCCCCUCUGCCUCCGCCGCCACGCCUUCUGCUCCUGCUACAACACCAACGUCGGCCUCCUUCUCCAAGGCGAAUCCUACCGACUCGUCACGCUUGCCGCCGCUUCACCGGCAAAAGAACUACCAAUAUCAACCUCACUCCUCUACCCGCCUCGAGCACAUUCGCACCUCUUCUUCCUCUUCAGCUUCUCGCUCCUCUCACGAGACUUCGACGACGCCCACGUCGACCACUCUCUCGAUCCCUCACACGGCAUCCCCCACCGACCCGCGCCCGCCCGCCUCCCCAACAACCCCGCAGAUACACAAGCACAAGCACAAGCACCAUCAGUCGCUGCAAGACACGCGCACCGGCGGUGAUCACGGCCACUCCUUCCGCUCCCGAGCGCCGGCUCGCCUCCGCAAGGAAAGCGGCAGCCUGAGCUCAUACGCGAAACUGGCGCUCCAGUCACCUCCGACGCCCCGCAUUGGUUUGACUCCCACGGAGCUGAAACAUGUCGCCAUGCUCGACAUGGACAUCUCGGGUCGUCACUUGACUGCCGGAAAGGCGACAGGCACCGUCCCCUUUUCUCGCACCGAUAGCUUGUCGUCGGCCGCGCCCUCCACAGCGUCCAUCUCGGCACGCACAAUGACAUCGUCUGACCCAACUUCGUCCUCAUUCGACGCCUCCCGUCCCUAUGUCUUGCGCAAUGGCCGCACCUACCUAUCCGACAAUUCCCUUGCCUAUCCCCUACCGGUGGAUCUCGUCGAGCUCCAUCGUCAGUCCAUGCGCACGCUGAUGAUGAUCCAAGUCUUUGGCUCGCCAUUAUGUUCGCAGCAGAGCAACUCCAAGGCCCCCGGUCGCGUACUUGAGGUCGCCUGCGGAUCUGGCUUCUGGAGUCAAAUGUGUCACCGCUACUUCAAGGGGAAGGGCCACUCGGACAUUCAGUACACCGGCAUCGACAUUGGCCCCAUGGGAGCAACCGCAGGCGACGCCGAUCGCGACAUGAAGUGGCGCUACGUCCAACACGAUAUGCGCGUCACCCCCUGGCCCUUUGCUGACGGCGAGUUCGAUCUCGUCAUGGUCAAGGACCUGAGUCUCGCUGUAACGACGCCUCAUUCCUUUCAGUCUUCCAUUGAGGAGUACUACCGCAUCCUGCGCCCUGGGGGCAUCCUCGAGUUCUGGGAUAGUGAUCACCAGAUCCGUAUGCUGCGGCCACACGCCGCGCCGUUAUCCAAAGACAGCGAAGAGGGCGCCGCCGCCGUCGCGCUCGGCGCCUACCCGAUUACCUCCAAGACACCACUCAGUGCGCCGCUGAACAAUUUCCUUGUCGAGUACAACAGCUGGGUCCACAAGGCCCUCGAGUCCCGCAACCUUAGCCCCGUACCCUGCACCCUCAUUGGCCCCGCGCUCGUGCAAGAGUGUGAGGAGCUCAAGGAUGUACAAUCCCGCCGGCUGGCCAUCCCGCUGUCUGAAGCGCGCUGGGAGCGCGAGGGCGUCGGCGGUGUCGUGACCAAGGACGGCAAGUCGUACAUCGAGACGGGCAAGGGCAAGGCCAAGCCGGACGCACAAAAGACGACGCUCACGUCGGCGCAAGCGGCCCUCCGCCGAACGGCCAUGAUGACCGUCGUGCAGCAGAUCCAGAGCCUGGAGCCCAUCUUGCGCGAGACUAGUGGCAAGAGCCAGGACGAGUGGGACGGCUGGCUAGGCAAGAUGAUGAACGACUUGACCAGGGAGAACGGGACGAGCUGGGGAGAGUGCCUGGAAGUUGGCGCCUGGUGGGCUACGCGAAGGUAG